UCCACGUCUCUCUCUGAACAGGAAGCAAGAAAUAUGUCCGAACAGGACAGGGAGAGACGUCCCUUGUUUCAGGUGAUAGCUUAAUUCUGUCUAAGCAGUCCUUUACACACUCCUAUAUUCUUCGGACGUCUUCCUUCCCGCGAAUAGAAUUAAUUUGGUGUAAAGGACGUACAAGUGUGUGAUGUGUUCUGUCUUUGUAAGGCAGGCGGUCACGAUGGCACAGAAGGUCCUGGUGACUGGGGGAGGAGGCUACAUCGGCAGCCACUGUGUGGUGGAACUGAUUGAGGCAGGAUUCUGCCCUGUGGUCAUAGAUAACUUCAGCAAUGCUGUCCGAGGAGAAGGAGAUGUCCCUGAGAGCCUGCGGAGGAUAGAGAAGAUCCUGGACACCAGCAUUGAGUUCCAUGAGCUGGACCUGCUGGACCGCCCAGGCUUGGAGAAGCUUUUCAAACAGCAUUCAUUCAGUGCUGUAAUGCAUUUUGCUGGUCUGAAAGCGGUGGGUGAGUCAGUUGAGCAGCCAUUGAGGUACUAUCAGGUCAACCUCACUGCAACCAUGAACUUGCUUGAGGUGAUGCAGACUCAUGGCGUGCGCAAUCUGGUCUUCAGCAGCUCAGCCACAGUGUAUGGAGACCCCCAGUGGCUUCCCAUAGAUGAACAGCACCCUGUUGGGGGGUGCACCAACCCCUACGGCAAGACCAAGUACUUCAUAGAGGAGAUGAUUAUGGACCAGUGUAAGGCAGAGAAGGACUGGAACGCGGUGCUGCUGCGGUAUUUCAACCCCAUUGGGGCUCACUCCUCUGGGCUCAUCGGAGAAGACCCUCAGGGCAUCCCCAACAACCUGCUGCCCUAUGUCGCCCAGGUUGCCAUUGGGAGAAGAAAACACCUCAAUGUGUUUGGGAAUGACUACGACACUAUUGAUGGAACAGGGGUGCGAGAUUACAUCCAUGUUGUGGAUUUGGCCAAAGGACACAUAGCUGCUCUCAAGAAACUGAAGGACAAUUGUGGAUGCAAAGUGUAUAACUUAGGAACAGGAACGGGUUACUCUGUGCUACAGAUGGUAAAGGCUAUGGAGAAGGCCUCAGGGAUAGAGAUCAUGUACCUGAUUGCCCCUCGACGAGGAGGAGAUGUAGCGUCCUGCUAUGCUGACCCCCGUCUGGCUGAGAAAGAGCUGGGCUGGAAAGCUGACUUCAACCUGGAGAGAAUGUGUAAGGACCUGUGGCGCUGGCAGUCCAAAAACCCAACCGGAUUCACCAAUAACGGCCCGUCUUCAUGAGAUGUUCAUCUCAUUGAGUACCUUCUUCACUUCCUCCUAAAUUACUGGGCCAAAGCAAAUUUUUCUAUCACAUUCACACAUGAAGAGACCUCAAGACAAAAUGAAUGAUUUAUAUUUCAUAAUGAUUUAAUAUUAUGUUGUUGAUUCCUUACAGCUACUUUCACUAAGACUAUUCUCUAAUGCUUAAAUAAAAAAUACCAUGUCUUGUCAUUUAUAUGUAUUGUCAUAGACAUGUUCUGUAAUUAUUUAAUAGUUGAGUCUAUAGACAUAAAAUGGGGAAAUAAAGAAGUUAUAUUGUG